AUGAAUGGCAAUAAACGUCGAAGAGUCGAAGUAAAUAAAAAUCAAUUUCGUCCGGGGUAUAUUGAAAAGGUUAAAGUAAGUAAUUUUACAACUUAUUCAGAAGGAGAAUUUAAUUUAUCUCCAUCACUUAAUAUGAUUAUAGGACCAAAUGGUACUGGGAAAAGUACUCUUGUAGCAGCCAUAUGUUUAGGAUUAGGAGGGAAAAUUGAUUUAAUAAAACGAAAGAAUAUGAAAAGUAUGAUAAAGACAGGACAAACAAGAAGUAUAAUAGAAAUUUGGAUUAAAAAUUAUGAUAAUGAACCAUCAAUUAUUAUAAAGAGAGAAUUUACUGAUAAAGAAUCUCGAUGGAGUAUAAAUAAUCGACCAGCCAAUGAAAGUAAAAUUAAAGAAAUUCGUAAAAAAUUUAAUAUUCAAUUAGAUAAUUUAUGUCAUUUCUUACCCCAAGAACGAGUAGCUGAAUUUGCUGGGUUAAGUCCUGAAAAACUUUUACUUGAAACUGAAAGAACUUUAGGUGAUGGGCAUUUAUUAGAAUCUCAUCAAGAUUUAAUUCGAAUGGAUAAUGAAUCUCAAACUAUUCUGUCGAAUAUUGAAGAUAUUGAAAUAAGAUUAAAUCAAUUAUUAGAAGAAAAGAGUAAAUUAGAAGAAGAAGCUAAACGAUUUGAAGAAUAUGAAAAGAAAUUAAAACAAAUUGAUUUACAUAAUAAAUUAAUCCCUUAUGCUCAAUUAUUAGAUUUAAAGAAACAAAAGGAACAAUUACAAAGAGAUACUCGAGCAGCAAAAGAUGCAUUAAAUAAAUUCUCCGCUAGUAUUGAACCAGCUAUAAAUCAAGUUCAACAAUUUUGGGAACAUGUUGAACAAUGUGUUAAAGUAUCAAAACAAUUUCAAGAUGAAGAAAUUGAAGUUAAAUCAAGAAUAGAUAAUGCAAAAUCAGAUUUAAAUAAAAUUAAAGAUAAUAUAGAUUCUUUAAAGGGAAGUAUUAUAACUUGGAGAAAACGAUCAUCUGAAAGUAAAAUUCAAUUAGAUAAAUUAAGAAAGGAUAAAUUAUUACUUGAAGAAGCUUUAAAUGAUAUUGAAGAUAUUGAUGAUAAUUUAUUUCAAGAAAUUCGAAAAACUCUUCAAAAUAAAAAUGAAGAUAAAAAUAAUAUUGUAUCAACUAUUGAACAACUUGAAUCUGAAUCAAAACCAAUUGCUAGAAAUAUUGAUCAACUUGAACGGAAAAAGGUUGAAAUUCAAAAUCGUUUAAAAGGUAGUGAUAAAUUAGCAUUAUUAGAACAUUCAGAAACUAAAAAUACUCAAAGAGAUGUUGCUUAUAAUAGUCAUGUACGAUUAAGAAUGACAUCCGAAUUAAAAAAUCAUUAUUUUGAAUGUCCUAUAGUUAGUUGUACAGUAACUGAUGUUGAUUUUGCCAAAGUAUUAGAAAAAGUUGUUGAUAAUAAUUCAUUAUUUUCAAUAACAACAACCAAUAAUGAAGAUUUUAAUUUAAUUCGAAAAUUCGCCGAAGAAAUUAAAAUUAAUUUCCCCAUUAGAUUAACUGAUGUUAAGAAUAUUCCUCAACCAGCCAUUAAUGUUGAACAAAUUAAAGCCUUUGGAUUUGAUGGUUAUCUAUCAGAUUUUGUUGAAGGUCCCAAGGAAGUUUUAAGUAUGUUAUAUGAUACAUCAAAAAUUUAUAAUAUACCAGUUAGUAAACAACCAUUUACAACAUCACAAAUUGAUAAAUUAAUUAAAAAUGGUAGUGGUUAUAUACCAUUUAUGAAAUUUAUUGCAGGAAAUAUAAUGUAUAAUAUUAAUAGAUCAAGGUAUGGACUGAAACAAAUCUUUUAUACGACUGAACAAAUUGAUGAUGCAAGAUAUUUUAAUUCUAAAGGUUUAAGUGAAGAAACAAGAAUUCGAUAUAAUAAUCAACUUCAAGAAGUGAAUAAUCAAAUUAAACAAGAACGUAUAAAGCUUAGUAAUUUUCAAAAUAGUAUAACUACUGCUAAAGAAGAACGUCGAGCUAUUCAACAUGAAAUGGAAAAACUUGUAAAUAAAUCCGAUUCUAUUAAAGCAUUAAAGAAGAAAAAGACUGCAUUAGAAACCAAAUUAUCUAAUAAAAAGGAAGAUAUUGCUAAAACUAUAAGAAUUUCUAAACGAGAUUAUAGUGAAAAAAUCGAUAAAGCUUUACAAGAAGUGAAUGCAAAAUAUUUAGAAAGUUCACAACAAAUGAUUAAAAUAUCUAAUUAUAUUCAAGAAUUGACUAAUUUAACUAUAGAAACUAAUAUGAAGAAAUUUGCAGUAAUUGAAGCUAAAAAUAAGCAUACAAAGGCUCAAUCUAUGCUACAAGAUUUAGAGAGUGAAAAGGAAAGAUUACAAGAAGAAUAUCAUAUACUUAAAGAAGAGUAUAGUAAAAUUAAAAAGGGAGAUGCAGCCAAGAAAAUUGAAGAACAAAGUCGAUCUUAUACUCAAGAAGAACGAGCAGAUUUAGCAGAAUUAGCCCAAAUGUAUAAAGAUAAUGAGGAAUUAACAGAAAGAAUUAUUCGAGAAAAGAUUUCUAUAUUAGAAGAUGAAAAAUCCGUAAUGGCCACGGCUGAUCAAAGUUCAAUUGAAACUUUAAGAAGAAAACUUAAAGAGAUUGAAACAGCUGGUAGAGAAUUACCUCGAUUGAAAACUGCUAAGGAAAGAUUAGAUGAAAGAAUUAAAACUAUUCAAGAUUCAUGGGAAAGUGAAUUACAAGCAUUAGUCAAUCAAAUCUCUCUUUCAUUUAAUAAAAGAUUUACAAAAGUUGCUAGUGAUGGACAAGUUGAAUUAGCAAAAAGUGAAAGAUUUAAAGAUUGGAAACUUCAAAUUCUUGUUAAAUUUCGAGAAGAAUCUGAUCUUAAGAUUUUAGAUCAUCAAUCUCAAUCAGGAGGUGAAAGAGCAGUAUCUACUAUCUUUUUUAUAAUGUCAUUACAAGGAUUAACUGAUGCACCAUUCCGAGUAGUUGAUGAAAUUAAUCAAGGAAUGGAUCCAAAGAAUGAAAAGAUGGCUCAUCGAUAUUUUGUUCAUACGGCUUGUCAAAAUCAAAAUUCUCAAUACUUUUUAGUAACUCCUAAAUUAUUAACCGGAUUAUAUUAUCAUCCUGAUAUGGUAGUUCAUUGUAUUUAUACUGGUCCAUUAAUAGAGGCACCAGAAGAACUGACAUUACUGACAGGAUUUAUGGAUUUCACUAAAAUCUAUUAG